GAAAAUUAAAAAAAAAAAAAAGAAAUGGACGAGAAGGCAGACAGCAAACGCCUGUGAAUGUGAAUCAUCAUCAGUCGGGGGAAAAGGAACCGCAUCAUCGUCGAAGCGUCCUCUUCCUUCAACGAUUUACACGAACUCGAAACGGAAGAGGAGAGGAGGGAAAGGAAAGUUGAUAGUCUCUUCGUUCCAUUCGUUUUUCGCAAUCGGGAAUCGCAGUAGUACUUGAAGAGUUGAAGUUCGCCAAAUCGGAAUCUCACUACCGAGCAAGAUCCGAAAGAAACCCAGCGUCCAAGAUUUUCCGCCGGGAAUCUGAAACGGGAAGACAUACGCAAUGUCGUACGCUUAUCUCUUCAAGUACAUUAUCAUUGGGGACACAGCAUUUUCCGCUAUUGGUAGAUAGUACUACUACUCCUGGGUUGUUUGUUUUGUGUUUUAUUGAAGAAUGGAUGCGUGGGUCUUUGUUGAUUACUGCAGGAGUUGGGAAGUCAUGUCUGCUUCUGCAAUUCACUGACAAGAGAUUUCAGCCAGUUCAUGACUUGACUAUUGGUGUUGAAUUCGGAGCUAGAAUGAUCAAUAUCGAUAACAAACCGAUCAAGCUGCAAAUAUGGGACACGGCUGGUCAAGAGUCAUUCAGAUCCAUUACAAGGUCUUAUUACCGAGGAGCUGCUGGAGCACUUCUUGUCUAUGACAUUACCAGGAGGGAAACAUUCAACCACUUGGCCAGCUGGUUGGAGGACGCAAGGCAGCAUGCGAACUCCAACAUGACCAUAAUGCUUAUUGGUAACAAGUCUGACCUCGCGCAUAGAAGAGCUGUGAGUGCAGAGGAAGGGGAGCAGUUUGCCAAGGAGAAUGGUCUUGUGUUCAUGGAAGCCUCCGCCAAAACCGCCCAGAAUGUUGAGGAGGCAUUCAUAAACACUGCCGGAAAGAUCUACAAGAAGAUUGAGGAUGGGGUUCUCGACAUAUCAAAUGAGUCAUAUGGGAUCAAGCUUGGCUAUGGAGGACAGUCUGGACCAUCUGCUGGAAGUGGCUCAGCUACUCAAGGAGCACCUUGUUGCGGCUAAAUUUAGGAGCUUUAAAUAUCUUUGGAUUCUCUUUCGCUCUUCAUAGGCUCUCUAGUAAUGUUGUUUUGUUACUCUACUUGGAUCUUGCUGUAAACUUAGAAUUGGGCAUUUCAAAGCCUUAUACAAGUGAAAUAGUUGAAUAAAUCAAACCAAUGUGAAUUAGAAACUAUCUUCUUCAGAAAAGGAUUGCAAACGCAUUGCGUUUUACACAGA